AUGAAAGCUACCACAACCGAAAAAAGCGGAUUCUCACCACAAACACCUGAAGAAUCACUGCGUUCCGAGCACGGCUCCCCUGUAGUCACUCCCCAAGCCGACGCCCCGCCUGAUGGGGGUUACGGAUGGGUUUGCGCUGUGGCUGCUGCAAUCGUCAACGCGCAUUCCUGGGGCUUCAACUCUGCAUACGCAGUCUUUUUGGCUUACUACCUCGGCCACGAUACAUUUCCCAACGCCUCGCGAUUAGAGUACGCCUUUGUCGGCUCGUUGAGUCUGACCACCAUGUUCCUGAUCUCUCCCAUCGCGACGAUUUGCACACAAAGAUUCGGGGUUCGAAACACAAUGUUUGCGGGCGUUAUCGCCGAGACGGCAAGUCUCAUCUGCGCGAGCUUUGCUUCCCAGAUAUGGCAUCUGUUCCUCACGCAAGGGAUCCUCUUUGGGAUAGGAAUGGGCAUGUUAUUCAUCCCCGUCGCGUCUGUUGUCCCUCAAUGGUUCACAACUAAGCGAUCGCUUGCUAGCGGUGUCUCUCUGUCUGGUGCUGGUCUCGGAGGCCUCGUCUAUUCCCUUGUCGCCGGAGCAAUGAUUCGAAAUAUUGGUCUUAGCUGGGCUUUCCGCGUACUCGGUCUUCUCGCUUUCAGUGUGAAUACGACUUGUGUGCUCCUAAUCAAAGAUCGGAACAAGCCGGUUAAGGUCAAAAAGGCGUCGAUGAAAUUCAGCUAUUUCAAGUUCUUUGACUUUGACCUUCUAAUCGGGUUCAGCUUCUUUACCAUCCUGGGCUAUUUCAUCCUAAUUUACAGCCUAGCCAAUUACGGCCAACAGAUCGGACUCACUUCGUCCCAGGCCUCGCUGGUCAGUGGUAUACUGAACCUCGGUCAGGCUGUCGGUCGCCCUCUUAUUGGAUAUUUCAGUGACAGUGUUGGACGCAUCAAUAUCGCUGGCACCACGACCUUUUUCGCCGGGGUUGUCUGUCUGGCUGUUUGGGUUAACGCGGAAAGUUACGGCCUUUUGAUGUUUUUCGCCAUCUUCGAGGGCCUCUUCGCGGGUAACAUCUGGGCAACAAUUGCACCCUUGGUGGCGGAGGUUCUUGGUCUAGAGGGCGUAUCUCAUGGUAUGAAUCUUGUCUGGCUAAGUAUUGUUGUUCCAUCAACCUUCUCCGAGCCAAUCGCCUUAAGCCUGACCAGUGCGACGGGGAAGUUCCUCAGUGAGCAGCUUUUUGCUGGCUUCAUGUAUAUUAUAGCAUCAUUCUUCUUGGCUGUCCUUUGGCUUCGUCAACGAUCACGUACCAAGCGGGUGGGUAAACAAGGGGGUCCCUGA